UCCUGGGAUCGCGUUCCACGUGCCCGUAGAAGUCAACGAAAUUCAGCAGAAAGGGCAAAACAAUCUACCAGUUCCAGAAAAAGCUGUCUCGUUCGCCGCAUUCGAAGGAAGAGUGCGCCGACUGGGCAUACAGCGAAAAUGGACACAAUUCUCAGUCGGAAUUCGCGACUUUUGGAAGGGAGGUGAAGAAGAGAUGAAGACUGUCGCAACUCGAAUCCGCGAUCUGAUCCAUGAGCAUACGGCGUAUGCUUAUUCUGAAACUCGCGUGGAGAGGUUCCCGUGCAACGGAGGAGGGACACUCAUGUUUGAUCACCAAAAGCGUCAAGUAACUGUCCAACUAGAACAUUCAAUCAUUCAUCCUCCGUAUAGGGGCACCAGCAUCCCAGCAAAAUGGUCGGAAUUCAUCACUCAAAGAUGGACUUGGGAUACUGAUACAGAGUCCUUGGUCAGGAAAAACAAGGCGGAGAAGAAGGCGUCCUCAGUUUCGUCGGCAUCAUCAGGUCUGACAUCGUUGGGGUCAUCCUCUUCGUCGGAUCUUACAUCGUUAUAUUCAUCGGACACCAGUACUCGGCCUAAUAAUAGAAAUAAUGUCAAAGGUCACCAUCCGUCUACGCAAUAUAUGGAUGACAAUACUGAUGCGAUAGAUUUAGCCGUCCGUAACCAUUCGAAUCGGGCUCUCCCGGUGAAUAACGAUGAUCAAGAAGAGGAAGAUGAUUGGAUGCCCGAGGGUCGAACUUUUAUUGCUUCUGCAGUAUCCAGAGAAGGUGUUCAAGAACCCACCUGUUGUAUUUCCUGCAAUAAGUCGUGGGAUAUCGUUUCUCCUGCCCGUAGGAUUUAUCCAAGUGCGGCAGGCCCAAAAGGAAGUUUGAUGUCUCGUUGCGAGGGAUGCCACUCGGAAAGAAUGACAUCGAGGAAAGAGAAAAUUCUUGUCAACAAAGAAGAGAUCGACGAUCUCCCACCACUAUCAUCCAAUGCUGUAUCUUGGGAGCAGUUCCAAGACAACGUUCACCGACUUGGCCAACAACCAGACCAGAUACGAUUCUCGGCAGUAAUCAGCGAUCUUUGGGACGGAGGAAACGAGGAAAUACAUGACGUUGGCUCGCAGAUUAUGACUAUAAUCUUUCAAUGGACGGGAUACAAAUUUAUCUCCAAGAAGAACCCGUUGACGACCACCAUAAAAUUGAUCUGCACACAGCGCGAACCGCAGCGCAAGGCUACUCAGAGUCACCAGCUGAAUGGGCUUACGGCCGAGAACGACAGUCAAGUGGAUACAUUCCCAUGCCGCGGUGCCGGAAGGAUCACCUUCGAUUUUCGAUCUUGCCGAGCCAGCAUCCCAACAAAGUGGACACAAUACAUCCUUGAGAGACAGACUUGGAACCCCAACAGGUUAUGGAACGAUAUCGUGAAAGAGAACAAACAGCGUGGGGGGGGGUCCCCUUUGGUUCAACAAAGCUUCUUUGAAGACCAGUAUACUCCCACCACCACCACCUAUACGGGAGGCAGACGCCAAUCACUCAGCCGUUUGCACACAAAGAG